CAAACAUGACGUACUUGAGCGUGUACGUUGUACUCAACCUGGUGGUUGCCGUUUACUGCCUUCCGGUGGCGGAGAUCACCAUUGAAGAUGAGAACCUUGCAGAGGGUUACCUGAAGAAGUUCUUCAACCUGACGGAGGAACGUGGCCCUCUUUCCAGACGGGGCGUCAAUCCAAUCAGUAAGAAGCUGAGCGAGAUGCAGAGGUUCUUCGGUCUACAAAUCACAGGCACGCUGGAUGCUGACACCAUGGAGAUGAUGAAGAAGCCUCGCUGCGGCGUUCCAGAUAACGACUUGGCACGUUUCUCCACUUUCGGAGGGAACCUGAAGUGGGAGAAAAACAGUCUUACAUACAGGAUCGAGAACUACACACCAGAUAUGUCCCAGUCCGAGGUAGAUGAUUCCAUCAAAAAAGCACUGGACGUUUGGGCUAGAGUUACUCCUCUUAGAUUCACAAGAAUCUACAGCGGCACAGCGGACAUCAUGAUCUCAUUUGGUCGCCGAUCGCAUGGCGAUUAUUACCCCUUCGAUGGUCCUGACGGGACUCUGGCCCACGCCUUCGCCCCAGCUCCCGGCAUUGGAGGAGACGCCCACUUUGACGAUGAUGAGAAUUUCACCUUCCGCUCAAAUUCAGGAUAUGUUCUCUUUAUGGUAGCCGCCCAUGAGUUUGGUCAUUCCCUGGGCUUGUCUCAUUCCGAUGACCCCGGUGCCCUCAUGUACCCCAUGUACUCCUACAGGAACCCUGACACUUUUAUUCUGCCUCGGGAUGACGUCAAAGGCAUCCAACAUCUCUACGGUCCCAACACGGAUCCUAGCCAGCCUGGUCCUACACCCCCCACCACUCCUGAUGCAUGUGACUCGACCAUGGUUCUGGAUGCCGUCGCCACCCUACGUGGAGAGAUGCUCUUCUUCAAAGACAGCUUCUUCUGGCGAAGCAACCCUCACAGCAGAUCCCCUCAGCAAACCCUCAUCACAAACUUUUGGCCCAACGCCCCGGCCAACAUCGAUGCUGCUUACGAGAGCCGGCAGUCCGACAAAAUCUUCAUCUUUAAAGGUCGUCGAGUGUGGGCUUUCUCCGGCUACAAUCUGGUCCGAGGUUAUCCGAAAAAACUCAGCAGCUUCGGUUUGCCCAAGAGCGUGAAGAAAAUCGAUGCAGCUUUCUAUGAUGUGGAAUCCAGAAAAAGUCUGUUUUUUGUAGGCAGUUCUUACUACAGUUUUGACGAAACCGUCAACAAAGUGGACUAUGGGUUCCCCAAACGCAUCGAUCAGACCUUUUCUGGCCUGAGUAAAGUAACGGCAGCUUUCCAGUAUAGAGGUUUUACGUACAUCUACAGUGGACCCUACAUGUUUGAGUACAGCCUGAGUAGUGGCAGAUUGUUCCGUGUACUGAGGAACAGCUACUUCCUACGCUGCACUAACUUCUAGAUCAACUAUUUACCUCUUGUAUUUAUAUAUAUAUAUACGUAUUUAUGCAUGAAGAACG